UCAAUCGUUAACCCUGUGCUAAAAAAAGUUAUACUGUAAUUAAGUUUUGCGAGCAGAUCUUCAGCUUUUGGCUCUUGAGCUUUUUGUCUUGGUGUGAGAAUUGGACGCUUACUCUCUAUCUCUACCUCUCUUGUUUCUUGCUCCUUAAGCUCAGUGAUGUCUUCUUCCAACAAUGGUUACAAUAAUGGUAGUAACAACGGAGUGUUCCCUCUCUCUCUUUACCUUUCUUCACUCUCCGGGCAUCAAGAUAUCAUCUGUAAUCCCUACAAUCAUCAGUUAACAGCAUCACCGGGCCAAAUGGUAUCAGCAGUGCCUGAGUCUCUGAUGGAUUACAUGGCGUUUAACUCAAACAAUGUUAUGAAUCAGCAAGGUUUUGAGAUUCCUGAGGUGUCGAGAGAAAUGAAGAAGGCUGUGAAAAAAGAUAGGCAUAGCAAGAUUCACACGGCACAAGGUCUUAGAGAAAGGAGGGUAAGGCUUUCUAUUGGAAUUUCUCGCCAGUUCUUCGAUCUCCAGGAUAUGUUGGGGUUUGAUAAAGCCAGUAAAACAUUAGACUGGUUACUCAAGAAAUCAAGAAGAGCCAUCAAAGAGCUUGUCCAAGAAAAAAAGCUCAACAACAAUGUUGAAGAUUUUGGAAACGAGGGAGGUAAUGUAGUACAUGAAGAGGAUGAUUAUGAUUAUGAUGAUGAUAAUGUUGGCGAUAAUAACUUUGUGUAUGGUUUGAGCCCCUAUUCCUUCGAAGAAGAAGUGCUAUGUGAGGUCAAGAAGGCAGAGAAAAGAAAGAAGAAGACUGAAAUGAGCAACACUUCUUCAAAGGGGUCAAGAGCCAAAGCAAAAGGAAAGGCUAAGGGUUUAACAAGAGACAUGAUCAAUGAUCAUCCAGAAACCGCCUCUGAGAUCAUACAAACUGAAAUAAUGGACCCAUUCAAGAGGUCUAUAAUCUUCAAUGAAGGAGAAGAAAUGACACAUUCUUUCUACAAGGAAUCAAUCCAAGAGUCUGAUAAUCAUGAAUGUAUUACCAAGACGAAGGUCAAUCUUCCCAUGAAUAUGGAUCAAGGUUAUAAUCAACAUUAUGGGGCGUUAAUGUUGAAAGAUCAGGGUUCUAGUAGCAACUACAAUGCCAUUCUGCCUCAAAACUUGGAUUGUGACUAUAAUCCAAACCCUUUUAUUGAUCAACUCUUUUGUGGAGUCACCAACACAAAUUUCUUCAGAGGGUUCCCAUAAAUCCUGAUAAUUUCGGAGAACUAUGCAUCAAAUUCAAACAUGUAAGGCAAAUAGUCC